GACUGUUUCCUGGUCUCACAGAAAGAGGCAGUGCUGAGUUAGAAAGACAAAAAUAGCCCUUUACAGAGAAAUAUAGGGAUUGUGUGUGUGGUGGGGAGAGAGAGAGAGAGAGAGGAGAGGAGCAGCAACAGCAGCAGCAGGCUGGUUUCCAGGAGGAGCCCUUCUCUCUUCUCUCGUUGUGUGUUAGACAUUUUUAUACUGAUUUUUUUUUCUUCUCUCGGCAUAAAGGCGGUUGCCUCACCCAGCUGCUGCUAGCAUCUGUCUCUCUGGGGCAGAAAAAAAAACCCAAUCUGGGUUUGAUCGGAAAGCGACCAGAGACCAUUUUAUCUGAGCAGCCGGGGAGGGGGGGAGAAGAGAGGAGAGGAGAGAAAACGUCGCAGGGAUAUAAAUACCUAUUCUGGUGGACCCUUCCCCCCUUCCCCCUUCCCCCCUGUAAAUACAUUUCUAUACAAAGAGCACAAGCUGACAUCCAUCCUUAGCAGCAGCAAUGGGGUGUUUGGGCAACAGCAAAACAGAGGAUCAGCGCAUCGAUGAGAAAGCGCAGCGAGAAGCCAACAAAAAAAUAGAGAAGCAGUUGCAGAAAGAGCGACUGGCUUAUAAAGCCACACAUCGGCUGCUUCUGCUGGGGGCUGGUGAGUCAGGGAAAAGCACUAUCGUGAAACAGAUGAGGAUCCUGCAUGUCAAUGGAUUUAAUUCAGAAGAAAAGAAACAGAAAAUACUGGAUAUUCGGAAAAAUGUUAAAGAUGCUAUUGUGACUAUAGUUUCAGCUAUGAGCACUUUAAUACCCCCAGUUCCAUUGGCCAACCCAGAAAACCAAUUUCGAAUGGACUACAUCAAGAGUAUAGCUCCACUUUCUGACUUUGACUAUACACAGGAAUUCUUUGAACAUGCAAAAAAGCUCUGGGAUGAUGAAGGAGUAAAGGCAUGCUUCGAGAGGUCAAACGAAUACCAACUGAUUGACUGUGCACAGUACUUUCUAGAAAGAAUUGACAGUGUCAGUAUGGAAGACUACACACCCACAGAUCAGGACCUUUUAAGAUGCAGAGUUUUGACAUCAGGGAUUUUCGAAACAAGAUUUCAAGUAGAUAAAGUAAAUUUUCACAUGUUUGAUGUAGGUGGCCAGAGAGAUGAAAGAAGAAAAUGGAUUCAGUGUUUUAAUGAUGUCACAGCUAUCAUUUUUGUUGUGGCCUGUAGCAGCUACAACAUGGUAAUAAGGGAAGAUAAUAACACAAACAGACUACGGGAAUCUCUGGACCUCUUCAAAAGUAUCUGGAAUAAUAGGUGGCUACGGACCAUUUCUAUCAUUUUAUUCUUGAACAAACAGGACAUGUUGGCUGAAAAAGUCUUGGCAGGGAAAUCUAAAAUUGAAGAUUACUUUCCUGAAUAUGUGAAUUACACUGUUCCUGAGGAUGCAACACCAGAUGCAGGAGAAGAUCCCAAAGUCACAAGAGCCAAGUUCUUUAUCCGGGAUGAGUUUUUAAGGAUAAGCACGGCAACUGGAGACGGCAAGCAUUACUGCUACCCCCACUUCACGUGUGCAGUGGACACAGAAAACAUCCGCAGAGUGUUCAACGACUGUCGAGACAUCAUUCAGAGAAUGCAUCUUCGCCAGUAUGAACUCUUGUGAUUGGGAUCACCGUGGAGCCUGUGGUUUUAAAUUCUUUGCUCCUUAGUCUCUCUAUUACCCCACACAGGGUGGAAGAAUAUAUUAUAGAAAUGUCAGUCCCAUCAGUUUGUUUACCUUGAUUAUUUAACCCUUGAGCUGAUUGGAACCAAGUUUGGGUUUCUUUUCUUCCACGCUUUUUUGGGAUUAUUUGUGUGCUUUAUUUUGACGUGCCACUUCUUUAUCAUUCCACUAAGCCCUCUGGCUACCUCUCUUUCCUUAGGUUUUUUUUCCCCCUUAAUUGAACAUAACCUGCUAAAUUUUUCAAGCAGGUUAAUGUUACUUCAAACUGGUAUCUCUCAGCUGGAUGACACUAAAGUCAUAACUAUCCCUGUGUGCGGGUUCCUUUUUUUUAACAUGACAUUGAAGAGUACUUGAUAGGUGAAAAAAAAGAAUAAUGCACUUUGUAUCAGGUUAUUAAAUACUGUUGAGGAAGUAUACACACAAUGUAGCAGCACCACAAUAUUUAUUACUCUGUCACAGUUUUUAGCAUUACUGAGUUGCAGGUCAACUGAUAAAGUGACCUCCUCUUUUAAGCCGUUACUGGCAUAGGAAGUAGAGUAGACAAUGAGAGGAAUAGUGAAGAUAAGCAAUUUUUCUGGGGUUUUGGGGCUAAGUGUCUCUGCACACCUCAGGCAUUUGAAUUACAGCUACUUUUUCAGCCUAUUGCAUCUAGGCAGAAAAAUUACCACCCUCAGUUCAGUUAUUUGUGCUGUCCACAAAUGAUCCUCUUAGUUUAGAUCAUUCUUGGACAACAGUCCUCUCCCCUAUAUAUAUUUUUUGUUUUACUGCUGGUUUAUUAUAUUGUACAGACUGUAAAAUGUAAUAUUAUUUUGUACAACUUUAUUGAA